AUGAAAAAUGAUCAGCAGGCUGUAUUAAUGAUUGUGUGCUGGGAAGCAUUUAACAAGAAUUCAAUUCCCGAGGAAUAUUUCUAUAUUGCAUAUUUUUUGUGUUACAUCAAUUCAACGAUUAAUCCGUUCUGUUACGCACUUUGUAAUGCUCGAUUCCGGUUAAUUUAUUUGCGAAUUUUAACGGGCCGCUGGAAGCGGCAGCAUCCAGGUCUUAGCAGUAUGGCUUUUUUCAGCCGAAACUGA